AUGGCACGUUUGGCUUGGGCUCUCCUUCUCUUGGCUGCCGCCUGUUCGGCUUCUGAAGACAGUCGCAUUGUUAAUGGCAAACCCGUAUCCAUUGAGAAAUACCCAUCUAUGGUACAAAUAGAAAGGUGGAUCUUGUUUGCCGUCUGGACUCAGAGAUGCGCUGGUAGUAUUCUGACCAGAAAUCACGUCCUGACCGCCGCCCAAUGCUUCGCUGAACCCCUCGCCCGGCCUCAAACCCGUCGUAUCAGAGCGGGCAGCACUUUCCGCAACACCGGUGGCAUAAUCAGUAACGUAGCUCAAAUCUACAACCAUCCUUCCUUUGGAGAGAACGGCUUCGACAGCGAUAUCUCCGUCAUCCUACUCGAGACUCCUCUUGACUACUCUGACAAGAUUGCCCAAGCCAGCAUCAUCGCUCAAGACACUGUUAUUCCCGACAACUUGGCCGUUACGCACGCCGGUUGGGGUAGAACUUCAUUCUUUGGAAGCCGUUCCGAGCAGCUCACUGAAGUCGACGUUCUUACUGUGAACAACGAACUAUGUGCUAAACGUUACCUUAACUGGCCCCGCCCACAAGUGGUCACAUCAAACAUGAUAUGCGCUGGUCUCCUGGACGUGUCCGCUGAUGGAACCUGCUUUGGCGAUGCUGGUGGUCCUCUGUACUACGACAACAUCGUCAUCGGUAUCGCCUCCUGGGGUAAAACGUGCGCCAAUGGCACUUACCCUGAUGUUAGCACUUCGGUCGCUUCUUACACCAACUGGAUCGUUGAAACCGUCGGCUAA